AUGAGAAGUUACUUAAUGAGAGGUGCCUACAGGCAAGCUGUGAAAUACUUUGGAAGCGAACACUAUAGAAAGGCCUUCCGUUGUACACCAAUAAUUUCAAUCCUUCAAGCAGAUUACAGAUCAAGAAGGAAUCCUGUAUCUCUGAGAGUGUCUUCCCUGGAAGAACUAAGAGAAAUACUGAGAGUAAGGGAUAGCAAUCCCAACUCAGUAACAGAAUCCUUUUCCAGCAUCACGACGAUUGAGGAUUGUAUUUGGAGGUGUUUAGAUAACUACCAGUGCAUGGUACCAUUACUACAGCAAUUCUCCUGGCUAAAUUUGAGAAUCCACCGUACAAUAACAUUGAAAUAA